GUAGUAAUGUGGUGUAGUGUGAACGGAGCGAAGGAGCGCUCGCAAUCGUUACAUUUCUGAUCUGUUUUUGGUGUGAAAUCGGCCUAGCCAACUCGUGCCCAUCACAGCGUGCCCAGCAGCCAGUAGUGUUGUAGUGAAACAAAUUGAAUGCCAAGCCGGAUGGCCAGUGGGUUUCCCUCGGUUUGCUGGAAGAAGCGCUACCAGCGCUAGGGGUGGGGUGGUGGCAGUGCCAGUGGCAGUGGAAGUGAAGUGCGCGCCCCCGCAGUAGCCUCCUGAGCAGCGUGCAAUGGCCGCUCCUCGGGCCGGCGAAACGCCACUGGCGCCUCGAAGCAGCAACACCUGGCCCUCUUCGAUCUUCCACACGACCAGGCCCAAGCCGGCGCACGCCAUCGUACAGUUGCGGCUCGAUGCGAAGGGGCGCACCUACAGUUCCGCCGUAUCGGCGCUAAACACCCUGGCCCUGUCGGCUACAACCGUGCCACCGUCCGUUCCGUCAUCGUCUUCGUCACCUGCACCGGCUCCGAUCGUAACGGUCGACGAGGCGGACCGUGUUCCAUCACCAUUCGUGCCUCAGCACCAGCAGCAGCAAAAGGUCGGCUACGUCUCUGCGAGACCAUUCGAUGGCUGCAGCAGCGCACACCGGACGAACCGCUCCGAAUCGCUCAAGAUCGACAACUGGGACUACAUCUACACGGAGAAGGGCACGGCCCGAUCCGUGCUCCACGCGCCCAACACUGGCAGCCGCUUGUUCGGGGUCGGUGCACUGGCCGCUUCGGCCACGAUCGCGACCGCAACGGUCGCGACCGGCCAGCCGCACCAUCACCACCAACUGCACCACCAUAGCUGCUCGCCGUGCAGCGAACACCGGUGCAUCUCGGGGCAGGCCGCGGCCAAGGUGUCGACGCUGCGGCGCCACUACUACCCGGAGGGCUCCUGGGGCUGGAUCGUGCUGGCCGUCGCGACGGUCCAGGCGAUCCUCAACCACGGCGUGCAGCUGGCCGGUCCGCUCUACCUGCUGCCUGCCGGUCAGCGUUUCCAUCAACCAGCCGUCAACAGCUGUGAUUUGAAAGAUGAUGUAGGCAUGUAG